CUGCUACUACUACUACUACUACUGCUACUACUGCUACUACUACUCGUGCCAUCUUCUUCUUCCUCCGACGGCACUGUUGUCUGAGCCAAUGACGAGUUGUAAGACAGAAUUGAUUUUUUCCUCGUGAUACCAAUACUGUUUUGUACUUGAAUAUCUUGUUCAUUUGCAUGUCGCUUUAUCCAUGUAUCGAACUCUUUUGGUGAAAUAGGAUGAUCAACGCCUGUCGUUUUAGAAGAAACCCAAACAUCUGUCUUUUGAACACCAUCAUUGACUGUUUGCUGGUAAGGAUCCAGGUUGUUCAUGACAGAUGCUUCUUGUUGCUCGGAAGAGGAUUUGCUAAAAUAAGGCGUUUCAUGAUGAUAUGUUGUCAAAUCAUAGUCUGUAGUCGGAUUCUCAUCAAGUGUUGAAUUCAUUCCAAGAUAAAAAAAAAA